AUGUUUCUGUUGCUCUUAACUACCGCCUGUGCGCUUGCGUUAUUUUACAUCAAAUGGACCUACACAUAUUGGCAACGCAAGGGCUUCCCCUAUCACGAGCCGAAGAUACCCUUUGGUGUGCUGGAUGCUGUACGUAGACGUAAAUCUUCCUUGGGCACUGCCAUCUACGAUGUUUAUCGCAGUAACAAGGAUAAAGUGUUGGGCAUCUAUUUAAUUACACGACCAGCUUUGCUGGUGCGCGAUGCGCAACUAGCAAGAGAUAUAUUGUCGAAGGACUUUGAAAGCUUUCACGAUCGUGGCAUACAUGUAGACGAUGAGGAGGAUCCGCAAUCAAGGGGUGGCAUUUUCUUUCUUAAAGGACAGGAUUGGCGGAGUCUGCGCAUAAAGCUGGCACCCUCCUUUACGUCGGGAAAAUUGAAGGGCAUGUUUGACAAAAUCGAGGAUGUAGGAGAUAGAAUGGUGAACUUCUUGAAUAUGCAGCUGACUGAUGGAGGCGUUAAAGAGUUUGAAAUGAAGCAUGUAAUGGGCACCUAUUCCAUUGACAUCAUUGCAUCGGUGAUUUUCGGACUGGACGUGAAUAGCUUUGUUGAGCCAAGCAAUGAAUUACUAAAUGUGAGCCGAAAAGUCAACGAACCCACUUUGGGCAGUGUGGUGCGCGGCACCUGCCAGUUUCUAUAUCCCAGUUUGGAAAAGCUCUUCAUACGUUUGGGUUGGCGUGAAGAGGCGCCCAAUAUGAUGAGAGAAAUCGUUAAGCGGACUAUAGAAAUGCGCGAGGAGCAGAAUAUUUCACGCAAGGAUAUGCUUCAACUGCUCAUGCAACUGCGCAACAAAGGUCAAAUUAGCGUUGAUGACAACGAUUGGUCGGCAAAAGCGACUGACAAAGUUGUGCCGAAACCCAUGUCCAUUGAAAUAAUUGCCACCAAUCUAUUUCUUUUCUACGUGGCUGGUUAUGAAACGACUGCCACUAUCGCCUCGUUUACGGCAUUUGAAUUGGCGCAAUCGCCGAUUGCAAUGGCGAAAGCACAGCGCGACGUAAGGGCAGCACUCGCGAAACACGAUAACGAAUUCACAUAUGUCGCAGUACAAGAUAUGAAAUAUCUGGAUCUCUGCAUAAUGGAAACAACACGGAAAUAUCCCGGACUACCGAUACUCAAUCGUCAAUGCACACAGGACUACCCGCUGCCAGAUAGUGAUUUGGUGAUCAAGUGUGGUACACCGAUUAUUAUUUCACUGCUGGGUAUACAUCGUGAUGAGAACUACUUUCCAGAUCCCAUGCAUUGGGAGCCAGAACGAUUUUUGAAUGGAAAAUAUGAGCCCGCCGCCUUUAUGCCAUUCGGCGCAGGUCCCAGACAUUGCAUCGCCCAACGUUUGGGUCGCAUAAUCGUAAAGGUCGCUUUAGCGAAAUUGCUACUCAACUUUAAUGUUGAAUUGAAUUCUGAGCGAAAAGAAAUCGAAAUCGCUAACUUUGGUGUGCCGAUUAUGGCCAAAGGUGGCAUAAAUGUACGGUUAUCGAAGCGAAAUCGGACACCAGGCGCAUAAAUCGAAGCUGUUGGGAAACGGUUAAUAUCUAUA